AUGGCGGCGGAGCCUCCAGGCAGCGGGGCGUGCUGGGAUGGCGUGGUGCGUCUCAUCGUCGUCGGCGACGCCGGCUCCGGGAAGAGCGCGGUCAUCGAGAGCUUCAGCGCCCACCUGCGGGGCGAGCCGCCGCCGCCGCGCCGGGCGAGCCUCGAGGCCGCGCGGCCGGUGGAGGGUCGCGACGCCUUUGCGCCCUGCGCGCCCGGCGACGUGGGCUUCGACGCUCUCGGGCGUCGCGUCUGCCUCCUCGAGAUCCCCGGCGCGCUCGCGGCGCCGGCCGGCGGCGACGCGUUCCUCGCCCUGACGGAGAUGCCGCGCGACCAGGGCAGGACAAGGGUGAUUCAACGCUCGCUCAAGUCCGAGUGCCCCGUUCUGCUCCUGCUCAACGACUGGUUCGGCGGCGGCGGCCGCUGCGCGCUCGCGGACGACGAGAUCACGAGGCGCGUCGACGACCUGGGCAUCAUCGGCUGGCGCAUGUGCGGCUGCGCGCGCGCGGACGACGACGACUCGGUCCUCGACGCGUUCGGCGCGCUCCUCGACUACUGCCACGCGACGGCGCCCCUCCCCGACGAGGUGCGGGCCGAAGACGAGGACGACGACCUCGACCCGAGCCUCAUCUCGUGCUCGAACACGAAUGUCCAGGGCUGCGCGGUUGCGUAG